CCCCAGGCACUGCCCACUGACCAUCAGACUUCCCGACCACAGAAUAUCAGUACCGACCCCAGCCCAUUAUAAACACCAGGAACCGGACCAUCUCCCUCCUCACAUCAGGGUGACACCGCCCAGAUUCCAGGUCCCGACUCCGCGCCCAAGUGGCCGACUACCGGCUCCCCAGGGCGUGUCGACUCCGGGAGAGUCAGCGGGCGGCCACCGGGCGGGGGAAGCGGAGGGAAGGAGCCGGUGCCAUGACCGAGGUGCUGUUCGAGCUGCUGCACCUGGAGCUGGUGUCGCGACUACAGAGCGAGGCUGAGCCCGAGGACCCGGGUCAUGGGAAGUGCAUUUCCACACUGGAACGAAUGGGCUUCCGUGCAGGGCAAGGUCUGAUUGAAAGAUUCACUAAGGAAACGCCUUCAUUCAAAGAUGAGCUGGACAUCAUGAAGUUUAUCUGUAAGGAAUUCUGGACAAACCUCUUCCGGAAACAGAUUGACAACCUGCGAACAAAUCAUCAGGGAACCUACGUACUUCAGGACAACCGAUUCCGUCUCCUCACACCGAUCUCCAGUGGGAAACAAUAUCUAGAGGAGGCGCCAAAGUUCUUGGCAUUCACCUGUGGGCUGUUGAGAGGUGCCUUGUCCAACCUGGGAAUUGACUGCACAGUUACGGCAGAGGUUUCUGUGAUGCCAGCGUGUAAAUUUCACAUUGUGCUCCAGGCAUCGUAGGACUCUGUGCGGCUGGACGAGGACCAGCGAGGAAGCAUAGAAGCUAAACUAGCUGCAGACAGAUUUGUGCCUUAUCAUUUCCUGUAUCGAUGCUGUACUUUGAAGUUGUUAGUUGGUUCUAUGAUGAGGAUAGAAGUGAAUCAAAGCCUGUUUCAUAGUGAGUUAUGGCUGCUGAUAAAGGAACCCUUGCUGGGAAGUCAGUGACAAAAAUUAUUCUUGAAUUACCGAUAAGUGUCCCUUUGCAAUGGGCCAGUCUUAGGACAAAAUUCAUUCUGCUGUUACUGCCCAUUAACAUUGUGACUAUCUCCUGAGCAAUCGUUCUUGGUCUCUUACUCUCAACUGUUCUCUCCUCUCCCCUGUUUCCCUCCAUCUUCCGUGUGAGAAAACACGAUAUGAUCCCAAGAGUGCCCUGUCAACAGGCUUCAUCACCUGUGGUGCUGCUUUUUGUACAGAAUCCAGGUGUAAUGACAACAACCUGAAGUGGUUUUCAGCCUGUCCAAAGGACAUCGAGAGAGAAUCCACUGCUAUUUUGUCUCUCACCUUCAGAUCUCCGACUCAAUAUAUAUAGUAAUAUAUAACACUAUAUUAGUAAUGGGGGAUUUGUGUUUGGGGUACUUGUUGAUUGGAGCAAGGAGUAGUCAGUCUGAAUUGUUCAAAGCUACUGAGAGCCUGACCGGAGUCACCCCCAGAGAAAAUUCCCCUUGUGACUAAGCUAUAUUUGGCCUCUUGUACUGAAACUACUGAUGUUCAGAGCUGUUGAGUCAGGAGAGUGGGAGGGUCAUAAUCGGCAGAUUCGCGCUCUACUCCACAGAUCGCGAUCUACAUGGCGGGUUGUGGUCUACGCUGCAGUUUAUAAUAUUCACUGUGAGACAUAAUCUAAACUGUGGUUUAUACUCUCCACUGCAGGUGAUGGAGCCCAGGCUGUUUUUUUAUUUAAUAAUAUCAACCCCUGAGAUCAGAAGUACCUUGAGAUUCAGAGCUUUGCCCCAUUUUCACAUUCACUUACUUCCCACAGUUUUGACUGCUGAUUUUCACGGAAUACAGUUGCUGUAUUAGACUGUAUUGGGCUGGGAUUUAAAUGAUUAAAGUCAUUAAGAGAU